UCUUGCAACCCUCGUGAGAAAUGCACGGAUAAAGUGUUCAGCUAUGAGACGCCUCAGGCUAAUACGAAGGAUGAAGAUAACAUGUACAGCCUUUGUGCUCCUCAUCCAAACGUUACAAUGUUUGGCUUCAGAUGAUUCUCCAUUUCAGCUAACUAACAAAGACACUGGUUUUUGUUUGGUUAAAACAAACAGCGACUGCAAUGACUUGCGCUGGACGACUGGCGAUCGACUUCUGGUUCUGCAAACUAAGAAGUGCCUGGGCGUCCAGGGGAAAAGUGUGGGAAGUGAAAUAAACCGCUACGAUUGUGAUGAAAAGAGCGACCUCCAAAGGUGGGAAUGCAAGAAUGGAACAGUGCUCGCCCUCAAAGACCAAGAGCUCUACGUGGAGCUCACUGCAGACUCCACAGCGGUCCUCUCCAAAACAAUAGGGCCCAAUAACCACCUCACAAUUACAGGGACAUCCAACGGCGCUUGUGCAAGAACAUACCGAGAACUCUUUGCACUUGAUGGAAACGCUCCUGGACUGCCAUGCAUGUUUCCCUUCCAGUACAAUGACCAGUGGUACACAGAUUGCACGACGGUUGACUCUCCGGAAAAGCAUCUCUGGUGUGCGCUUGAGACUAAAUACCAAACUGAACGCUGGGGUUACUGCCCGAGUACUUCCAAAGAAGACUGGACUGUCCACCCAACGACAGGAGCGUAUUACCAGCUCAACACACGGUCGGCUGUGACUCAGCCACAGGCUGAAGCCAGCUGCAAGCAGCAGGGGGCCUCCCUGCUCAGCAUCACCGACCCUCACCAGCAGGCUUACGUCACAGCUCUACUAGACAAAGAGGGCAACAUGCUUUGGUCUGGGCUGAUCCUGGAUCCAGAACAUGGGUGGAUGUGGUCCAACGGGAGGCCAUACCGCUACCUGAAAUGGGAUUCAGGACAUCCGCUUCCUAAUCCGGGACACAACUGUGCAAUUCUUGACCCUGCUGUACAGUACUCCUGGCAAAGUGUACCUUGCAGCAAGAAAGUCGGGUACAUCUGCUACAGUGAAGUGGCUGAAAUACCACCUGCACAAGCUGGUGUGAAAGGAUUUUGUUCAAGUCCUUGGAUUUUCUACAAUGGCCACUGCUUCCACCUUAAUCGUACUCAGAAAACGUGGCCUGAUGCUCAGAGAGCGUGUCGUAAUGAUGGAGGGGACCUGGUCAGCAUCAGCAAUGUGGAGGACCAAAGCUUUGUCAUCUCUCAACUUGGAUACAUAUCCACUGAUGAGCUUUGGAUUGGACUUAAUGACAGGAAGACUGAGAGGCUGUUUGAAUGGAGUGACCACUCUACUGUCACUUUCACUAGCUGGGAAUAUGGGAAACCUGCCGUCUCCACUGAUAUAAAGGACUGUGUUCGAAUCAGGGGAGAGAAUGGGAACUGGGAUGACCGCGUGUGUGAGGAGAAACGUGGCUCCAUUUGUAUGAAGCUGAGUGCCUCAAAACCCUCUGGAGAUGAAGUGCGACAGGAUGUAGGCUGCAAAACUGGGUGGAUACGAUAUGGCUCUUACUGCUACUUUAUAGGGACACAAACCAAAACCUUUGAUGAGGCCAAAAAUGACUGCAGGACGUUAGAUUCUAACUUAGCUGAUGUUUCAAAUAGGGUAGACAAUGCUUUCCUUAUCAGCUUGGUGGGUUUGAGGCCCGAGAAAUACUUCUGGUUGGGCCUCUCAAAUCGGAAAAACAUUGAUGAAUUUGCGUGGAUCAACACAGAUUUAGUGAAGUAUACUCACUGGAACGCUCUCAUGCCAGGUCACCAACAGGGCUGUGUUGCAAUGACAACUGGUUUUUUGGCCGGCCUCUGGGAUCUGCUGCCCUGCACCAAUAAGGAGAAAUACAUCUGCAAACACCUGGCAGAGGGAGCCGUUGUAACUCCUGCACCACCAAGUCUUAACGCUUCCGUUUGUGAAAAGGGCUGGACACGAAUUGGAUUAAGAAACUCUUGUAAUAAGGUGUUUAAAUCUGUAAAAAAGAGGACCUGGUUUGAUGCCAGAGAUUACUGCAAGGUCAUUGGAGGAGACCUGCUCAGCAUCCACAGUGCUGACGAGCUAAAUUCGCUACCUGAUCGCUACGGAAGAGUCUGGAUUGGGCUAAGUGCUCCUGACUCAGUCAACGGUUAUCAAUGGAGCGAUGGAUCCCCACUGCAGUUCCAACACUGGGAAGAUGGAGAACCAAACAAUAAAAACAAUGUGGAAUCUUGCACCGAAAUUAACAUGGAUCAGCGGGGUAGUAGUGGGUCUUGGAACGAUGCGCACUGUGAAAGUUAUCGCAACUGGGUGUGCCAGAUUCCUGCAGGAGUGACUCCAAAUCCGCCUCCAGACCCUGUCGCUCCUGAAUACAAUAGGACCUCCGACGGGUGGCUAGAAUGGAACGGGGCUCAGUAUUAUUUUAAUAACAGACAGUCGAAGGCCAUGGAGGAAGCUCGUAGCUUCUGCCAACAGAUGCAUAGUGACUUGGUAGUUAUCAACAGUGAAGCUGAAAGUGUCUUUUUAUGGAAACAGAUUUCCACUAAUUAUGGGGUUUACUGGAUAGGCUUGAACGUAGAUCUUGAUAAAACAUAUAGUUGGAUGGAUGGUUCUCCAGUGGUGUUACAAAGGUGGGAUGAAAAUCAACCUUCUUUCCAACGCAAUGAUGAAAAUUGUGCUGCCAUGACUCAAUUUAUGGGGUUCUGGCAUGUUUAUAAUUGUGGACAAGAGCACAAGUUCAUUUGUAAGCGGAGCGGCUCGCCAUCUGCAAACGCCACAGUCGCACCAACAGUUUCUCCAAAAGGCGGCUGUCCACAAAACUGGCAAAAAAUUGACUCAAAGUGUUUCAGCAUCAUUAAUAACCAGAAGGAGACAUGGCAUGGAGCAAAGACGCAAUGCAAAGCAAAGGGAGGGAAUCUGGCUUCAAUUUUGUCGAGAGAAGUGCAAGUGUUUUUGAUGACUAAAUUGUUGGAGGCACCUGCCACAGACCUGUGGAUUGGUUUAUAUAAUGUACGCGGUAGUCCAUUCCUCUGGACUGACGGCCGACCAACGCGAUACGUCUAUUGGGGAACUGAUCGCAUGAGACAAUAUGCAUAUGACAUGGAUCAUGGCUUUCUCUUGCAACAACGUAAAGAGAAAGCAUGUGCUUUGAUGAACACCAAUCCCAUCAUUGGUAUUGGGAAAUGGAUAAAAAGGUCCUGCAAUGACACCAAUGGAUAUGUCUGUCUUCGCAAUGUUGAUAUUUCCAUCCCAGACUCCCCUGAACCACCAAUGACCGACUAUGUCAACAUAUUCAAUGACUCUUUCAAGCUUGUUUCUCAAAAAAUGACGUGGGGUGCAGCCAAAAAGAACUGUGAAAGUGACGGUGCCAAACUGGCUAGCCUGCGAAACCAGUGGUCAGAGAUCUAUGUUGAGCUUCUGGCGUUGAAAUUCAAAAGUCCGAUGUGGAUUGGACUAAACAAAAUAGAGACUGCGGGAUAUUUCAGAUAUAUUGACGGCUGGCGCAUCGUCAGAACCAAUUGGGCAAGCAGGCAACCGAGAGCAAACCGCCCAUGUGUGUUCGUGGAUCUUGAAGGAAAAUGGAACACCGCCGACUGCGAUCAGAAAACGACCAGCAUUUGCAUGAAGUCCACAGAUGUGCCACCAACAGAGUCGAGUGCUUUUCCAGGAUAUUGCCCUGAUAACCCGGAACAAUCAAGACAAAGAAAACAUGUCAUCAGCUGGCUAACAUUUAGGGGUUAUUGUUACCUCAUUAGCACAGAUACUCUGUCAUGGCCAGAUGCAUCUGCUAGCUGUGCAAGACAUGGUGGAUCUCUUGCCAGCAUUGAAGAUCCCCCUGAGCAAGUAUUCAUUCAAAACAAUAUUGCAUUGUUUCAAGACAGCCAAAUGUCAUUCUGGAUCGGCUUGUAUAAAACUCACACAGACGUGUGGCAGUGGUUGGAUAAAACUGCCAUGGACUACACUAACUGGCGUUCUCUUGACCAAAGUUCCUCCAGUUAUGGAUCAAUGACAGCUACAGAUGGGACGUGGGUAACAGGACACCGGUGGUAUGACAGAGGAUACAUUUGCAAAACCUCUAAAAGAAUACAAGCAUCACAGACAACUGGAAAGCCGGUGCUGGAACCUCAAAGCCGUGGCCGCAACAUUUUGCCAGUUGUGCUGGUCAUUACUGUGAUUGCCAUCGGAACAGCCAUCGCCUUGUUUCUCUUCAAGAGGUCUGGACGCCGCUUGUCAAUCCCUAAAAAGUUAUCUACCUUUGACAACCCACUCUUCUCCAACAAUGAGCGCUACCAACCUGACACCAGUGAACUGGUAUCAAACGCAGAGGAGAACCCUGCAGGCCCCGCUCUAGCCGUGUGACGCACAUACCCAAAUCCAUCGGAUUGAAUUCAGUGAAGCUUAACUUCGCUUAAACAUGUCAUAUUUUUUAUGUGUUAAGUAUUUACACUUUUAGUCAACCUUCUCAGACGCAAUUAUUGUACUUUUGUUUUCUUUACAUGUAUCUGCUGGUUGUGGUUACUGAUCACUCAUCGAGGUCGUAUAUGUAAAAUAAAGAUUGAACUUUGA